AUGUCUCUAAAACUCGGUGAUGAAUUUCCGAACUUUAAUUUAAAAACAACAGUUGGUGAAUUUCAAUUGCAUCAAUGGCUUGGAGAUAAAUGGGGAAUUUUAUUUUCUCAUCCAGCUGAUUAUACACCUGUUUGCACAACUGAAUUAUCACGUGCUGCUAAAUUAGCACCAGAAUUUGCUAAACGAAAUACAAAAUUAAUUGGUUUAUCAUGUGAUGUUGUCGAAAAUCAUCAUGGAUGGAUUAAAGAUAUUCAAGCGUUUGGUGGACCUAAUGUUGAAUGUUCUGGUAGCAUAUGUAAAUUAGUUCUACCUGCUGAAUUUCCAUUUCCAAUAAUCGACGAUAGUGAUAGAAAAUUAGCUAAACAUCUGGGCAUGAUCGAUCCUGAUGAAUUUGAUACAAAAGGUUUACCAUUAACUGCACGUGCUGUAUUUAUUAUUGGACCUGAUAAGAAACUCAAAGCAAGUUUACUUUAUCCGGCAACAACUGGAAGAAAUUUUGAUGAACUUCUUCGUUUACUUGAUUCACUUCAACUUGCAACUCGUUUACCAAUAGCAACACCAGCUGAUUGGAAGGUUGGAGAUAAAGUCAUGGUUCCACCAAAUGUUAAAGAUGAAGAUGUUAAAAAAUAUUUUCCACAAGGUGUUCAAAUAAAAAAUGAUCUGCCAAGUGGAAAAGGCUAUAUUCGCAUGGCUCAAGUUUAA